AUGCUGGUGGCUGUUGGUCGGAAGUCAAAUCGUUACGUCGUCUGUUCGCGUCUCUCCUGCCGACCUAUAACAACACGACUGCAUGUUCUUGAGUGGCUCGAUUAUGUGAUCCGAGCGCAUUCUCACGACUUUUCAGCCUAUGUGCAUCCGAAAACCGGCAAUGCUAAUGCCGUUAGAAAUUCCAAUGUUCCUCAAAUGACUUACCUCCCAUGA